AUGACUGAAAUGGAGUUCGAUCAAGUGAAGUACCUCAACUUGUUGAACGCCCAUGAAUUUCACAAUUUCGGAAUGAAGAUUGCCGUCAGCAAACGUAAAACCAUCGUGCAGUUCAUACUGCAUCUGAAAAAUCUGAUUGGUGAAAUCUGUCUGACACCUCUAAAUCCUAUAUGUUUCCUCGAUUUUCGCUCAGCAACGCCAGAAAUAAGCAAAGUGAUUAUGGACAAUUUUUUUCCGUUAUCGCAUCAUGAGAGUAAUUUUGAAAAUGCUAUUACAUUGUACUUAACUGCAAACAUGACAUUAGAGUAUGGAAGAUCAGUAGUGCUUAAAUAA